AUGCUCACGCUCCCACUCUUUAGUACUGGCUAUUCCAGCCUCGUCGCACCGUUGGUGGGACUCGGUGUUGUCUACUGUGUUGUGCUUGUAUUGUAUCGUCUUUAUUUUUCGCCGAUUGGUCGGUUCCCUGGAAGCAAGAUUGCGGCGGCUACUCUUUGGACCGAGUUUUACUACGAUGCUAUCAAGCCUGGUCAAUUUCAGUUCAAGAUUCGAGAGUGGCACGAAAAAUACGGUAAGCACGCGUGACUUGGUUUGUAAGAGAGAGGUACUGAUGUUUUCCAGGUCCCGUUGUACGGAUUAAUCCUUAUGAGUAAGUCGAUUUAAUGUCAUUAACCGUUGGUGCUGAUCGCAGCUGCUCCUGCCCUUGAGAUCGAGAGUUCGCUGUCUGUACGCGUCACAAUGCCAACCAGACUUUUCAGUCAUUGAGAUAUAAAUUCUUCAGAAAUGGCUAACAGACAAACCACAGGUUGCAUGUAGAUGAUCCAACGGGCGACUUCUAUGGGAUCGUCUUUUCCCACUCAGGCAUUCGCGACAAGCACCCAUUCUACACUGCUCAAUUUGGCACCGGCAGCACGGGAUUCGGAACGGUUUCUCACGAACAACAUCGUGUCCGUCGUCGUGCGAUGAAUCCCUUCUUUCAAUACGGCAACAUUCUUCGAUUUGAGCCCGUCAUCAGAGAAAAGCUCAACAAACUCUGUCGAAGAAUCGAUGAGUACAGAUCCUCUGGCCUCGGAGCCAUGCCCAUGCGAAUUGUAUACAUGAGUUAUGCUACUGAUGUUAUUACUUCGUUUGCCUUCAAUUAUAGCUGGGACCAUCUUGACAGUUCUGAUUUUAACCCUUGGUGGUGGCAGACUACUCAGAGCACCGCUGCCAUGACGAAAUGGACCAAGCAGUUUCCCUGGCUCCUGCCGACGCUUCAGAGUUUGCCCGACUCUUUUGUCGCGGCUCUGAAUCCGCCACUUGGAUUGGUUCUUAAAAUGCAAAACGCAAGUUCCCCCUUCCCUUCCCCCCCUUUACGUUUUUGGUAUGCUAAUCCAAUUUCAGAAACUCAGAAAGAUAGCAGAAGAGAUUUUUGCUGGUCGAGAUGAGAAAUACGCGUACUACUCUGAUGGCUCUCCACGUACGCUUUUCCACGAAUUGCUGAAGAGUGAUUUGCCAGCUCAGGAUAAGUCGGUCAAUUACUUGUGGCAAGAGGGCCAGAAUGUCAUUGGUGCUGGUGCUGAUACCGUUGCGCUCGCUUUGUCGACUACGACUUAUUAUCUACUGGCGAACCCCGAGAAGGCCAAUAAGCUAAGAAAAGAGUUGGCAACUGCACAAAUCGGUAGAGAUACGCCAUUAAGUCUGGUUGAGUUACAGCAACUCCCUUACUUGGUACGCACCUUCCACCCUCACUUGAAGUAAUCUUGGCUGUUUGGCUAAUCUAAAGUUAUAGAACGGUGUUAUAAACGAAGGUCUCAGGUGAGACACCCCUUUUAUAUCGCUUGAGAUUUGCAAAAGCUAACAAACCCCGAGAUUCUCCUACGGUACCUCAUGUCGUCUCACCCGAACAGCCCCCAAUCAAGUCUUAAAGUUCCAGGAUUGGUCCAUUCCUCAAGGAGUAAGCACAAAUUCACCUAAUCAUAUUUACUUUCACUAACCAAAAGAACUAGACUCCAAUCUCAAUGUCCUCCGUGAUGCAACACCACAACGAAAACAUCUUCCCAGACUCCCAUUCCUUCAUCCCAGAACGUUGGAGCGAGCGCGAAGACGGCGGAAAAGGACUAGAGAAAUACAUGGUUUCAUUUUCCAAGGGUUCGAGACAAUGUAUUGGUAUGGGGUAUGUACCGAAUUCCAAUCUUCAUAAGCACAAAACCCCCAUACAUCCACCCCCAAAAAAUACUGGUAAGUUUUCUUGCUAACCAACAACUUCCUACUAGUUUCGCAAAAGCAGAGCUCUACCUCACAAUCGCGAUAAUCUUCAGCCGCUACCCUAACAUGGAACUCUUCGAUAUGGACUUCGAUCGCGAUAUCAAGAUGGUAUCCGAUAUGUUCUUUCCGCAACCUAGCAAGGAGAGUCGCGGCAUAAGAGUCUUGUUCAAGGACUGAAUGUUCUUGCUCUUAAUGAAUGUGCACGACGGUUUAUGAGAUGAAGGAUUUCUUGAUUUGGACGCUGGCAGUGCUGGCUUGGUCGUCUAUCGAAAUUAUGCGUCCAAAACAUUUGGCACCGCAGGGCCUUUAGGCUCUUGCUAUUAGAAACCUAACAGGGUUUUUGCUAGGAUGAUAGAUGCGUCCUAGAGUUGAAUCCGCCAACAGGGUUGGUAAUAGUAAAAUUAAUUUGCUG